AAUAAUUUUGUUUAACAUUUUUACGCGGGUCUUAACGUAGUAAUAAUUACUUUAUACAAUACCAAUUUUCUAUACAAAUGAUAUUUUAAAAUUUAAAAUUCAAGUCCUUCAAAGGAGGACUGUAAUAUAUUCUAUUGAAAGUUUUAACAAUAUUUUAUGCUAAUUCACUCAAAUUUAUUAAUAAUUUUUUUUUUAAAUUAAAUUUUGUGAUUUUCUUCUAAUUUGAGAGUGAUUCUUAAUAGUUUUUAAAUAUAUAAGUAUAUAUAAACGAUACCUUAUAAAAGGAUAUUUUUUAAAUGUAAUUUAUUUGAAUCGAUUUUUUUUUUUAUAGAGCUGCCAAAAUAAUGAAUACUCAUAUAUGGAUAUUUGUGAUAUUAAUGCUUUAUACAGCAGUAUGCAACGCAUAUUGGGGUACUGGCACAGGUCAAUAUCAUAUUCAAACGGACGAAGGAAACGAAAGAUAUUUUCGAUAUCAAACCGAUAAUGGGCAGUACAGAAAAGAAAAGCGAUUGCAAGAUGGUACAGUUAUAGGUACUGAUGCAUGGAUAGAUGCGGCUGGAUUUCUUAGAGCAAAAGAUUAUAUAGCUGAUGAUCAAGGAUAUCGAAUAUUAAAAUCAAAAACUUUUUAUGUGGGACAUGGUCGAAGUAUUGAAGAUGCUGUUCGAACUUUUAAAAGUUUACCAUCUAAUGCCAUAAGUUCAUCAGUUCCUGUUCGUGCUCAUAUUGUACCAGUUACUACAUAUAGACCUACAACAAUAUAUUCAGGGUUGCGAACAACAACAUCCCGUCCGUCUUACUCAACGACAACAAUAUCACCACCAACGACGCCGCAACCGAUAUCUUCAACAACAUACCGACCAACAACAUAUACUCCAAUUAUAUCAACAACACAUAGGCCAAUAACAAGUACAGCUAUACCAUAUAAUGGAUUUGAUUAUUCAACACCACAAGUUUUUGUACGUCAUCAUUCGCAACCAUUAGAAGAAAAUUCGUAUAAUUCGAUAUCACAUAACGAUUUUGCGAUAACAACAUCACGACCUAUAGCAGUACCUUCACAAACAUAUUUACCUCCACAUUCUGAUAAUAGAAAUCGUGAUGAGCAAAUUAAACCGAUAGCAGUUAUAUCAUCAACACCAAGCCCUAUAUCAUCUAAAGAUGCUGCUUAUAUUUCAUCAACAUUAAUUCCACCACUAUCAUCACCAACUCCAUUUUCAACUGCAAAACCUGCAUAUAAAUCAACUAGUACACCAUAUUAUUCAACAACAUAUCGUUCAAAUUAUCCAAUAUCAUCAGUAUCUCCAUCAGAUUAUCAUAAUCAUAUAAGUACAAUACAACCUAUACAUUCAACGACAUCGAGACCAAAUUAUGAAUCACCUACAAUUGGCUCAAUUGUACCAAUUGAAGAUAAUGAUAUAACAGUUAAACCUUUAUAUUCUAGACAACCGAUAGCAUCUAUUGAUGAUUCAUAUAAAUUAAGAGUUGCACCAUUAGAAUAUAAUAAUAAUUUGGGUAGUGGAUAUGAUCCACAAUUUCCAGAAUAUGAUGGAAUUUCCUUAAAUCGAAAUGGAUUUAGUUAUUAUUUACCAAAACAAUAUCAUGAAGAAGAUAAUCGUGACCCGAAUUAUAGACGUGGUAGUUUUGGAUAUAUUGAUCCAUUUGGUAUACGUAGGGUAACUUAUUAUAAUACAGCACCAGGAGAAGGUUUUGUACAUAGAAAAAAUAAUCGUUAUGUCGGACACGAUGCAACACCAUACGAUCCAAGGCCAAUAUAGUUUUAAAAAUCAAGAAAAGAAGAAAAACAUUCAAAAAACAUUAUAUUAUGAAAAGUGAUGAAAUUUUAAAAUGAAUUGAAUUUAUUUUUUUUAAAUUUUGAUAGCUUUAAAAUUUCAAAUAAUUAUUGCAAAUUCUUAAUUUAUUUUUUUUGUUCUAUAACAAUAUUUUCCAAUUUUUAAAAAUUGACAUUCUUAAAAAAAUAUUUAUACUUUAAUUAAGAACAGUUCCAGAAUUGAAAAACAAUUAUAAAAGAAACCCCCCCUGUUUUCUUAAUAAUAAUCUUACCCUUAAUUUUAUUCAAAAUUAAAUUUUUUUUCUAAACUAUAUUUCUUUAACUAUAAAAUGAUGUUAUAAUUUAUUAGAAACCAGGGGAAUGAUUUUUCCUUGAGAUUUUUGAAUGGCAACACUUUAAACUCCAAUUAAUUUUGAAAAAUUUAUGGCUUCCUUCAAAAUGUAAAAGAAAAGAGUUAAGAAAAAUUGCAAUAUUUUAUUUGUAUUUAAUUUAUAUUCUUAAAUUUAUAUAUAGGAAAGAAACAAACGAUAAAAUUAUAGUUAUAGUAAAACAAAAAAAAAAGCACAUUGUACGCUUUGUUCUAAGCACCAUUUUAACAACAUUCUAUGUAUAAUUUUUUAUUUUAAUAAAUUAGUUAAGAUAUUGGACAUUUUUUUUAUAACUUAUUUUCACAUUAAUUGUACGUAACGUUAACACCCAAAUUAAUAGUAUUAGAUUUAGAUAUUAAAAAAAAUAAUAGAAAAAAAAAACAAAAUACAAAAAAAAUAACCACAAUUCUUGCCAUAUUUCAUUAUUAAAGGAAUUGGAUCAAAAAUUAUAAUAAAUAAUAAAAUAAAAAAAAUAGUUAUAUGAAUAAAAUUCAUAUUACAUUCAAGAGUAAAUUCAUUAAUAUAAAUGUAAAAAUAUGCAUUAAGCACCAUCAGAAUUUAGAAACAGUGUAUAAUUUCAAAAGAAAAAAGUAUACUAAAUCUAGUUUAAAUAAAAAUAUUAAAAAUUUUCAAAAAAAAUUGGAUGGUGUUACAAAAUUACAUAUAAUAUUAAUGAAUUUAUUCUUUGUAUAAUAUGCUAUUUUUCUGCAUUAAGAAAUUAUUAUACUGCAAAAGCAAAGUAAUUUUAAUGUUUAUAAAUUUUCAAAAAAAUUAAAAUUUUCUAAAAUUAAAUUUAAUUAAAUUGAUUUAUUUUUGUAAAUAUGUAUAACAUUAAAUUAAAUAUUAUGCAGAAAAAUAAGUAAAUUAAAAUAAAUGAAAAUGUCAUAAUAUUUCUCUAGUAAUAGACUUUCAUUAAAAAAGUAACUUUUAAAGCAAAAAAAAAAAAAAUAACGUCUUAAAUUGUGUUAUGUAAUGUAGAUUUCCAAUGAAUAUCCGUUACGGAGAAAUAUUUAUUUAAUAUGAAAUAUAUAAAAAAUUUGCAAAAAAUUUAUUAAAUGAUGUGAGCUUGUAUACGAUAAUUUCAAGUCAAGAAUGUUUUAACUAUAACUCUUCACAAUAUUUAUUUAAAUAUUUUUAUUUUAUCCUACAUCUGGUUUCAAUUUCCAAAUUAAAAUCAAAAUCAAUCUUUUAACUUUAAGUUUAAAUUUCCAACUUCAAACAAAUUCACAUCAUAAAAACAAUAUAAACAAACCUUUUUUUUAAUUAUUAAUUAAUAAUUAUAUAAUUUUACAUAUACUUAAUUUAAAAAUAUAUUCUUGUAAGUUUUAUUUUAUAAUUAUAUAAUUUAUUUUUGUACAAUAUAACAUUUUUUGUGAAUUAAUUCUUAAUAAUAAA